UUUAUUGAACAAACCUCACAUCCUAAUCUUUUGCUCGGUCAUAAACACGUCUGAUGUGAAACCAAUCAACUCUUCUAUUCUACUUCUACCCGUUCUGUUCAAAGGAAGAUGGUCCAAAGUCCUCUCAGAGGUCAAACAUAAUUCUUUGAUCCAUUCUAUAUAUCAUCACCAUCAAUGAUUCCAUCUUUCUUGCAAUAUCCAUUUCUUUUUCUUCCAUACCCAAUUCCCAUCAAGAUCCAUUUCAAAGAUUCUGUAAAUCUAGUGAAAUUAUAAGGUUUAUAGUUUAUUAUAGUUUUAUACAACUAUGAAGAUGUGUUUCCCCUGUUUACAAUGUUUCUGCUCAACUUCAGAUGACAAAGUGGUGGUCAGUAAGAAUGACAAAGGUGGAGAAAGUGGUAAGAAAUUUAGGUUGUUUUCUUACCAUGAGCUGAAAGUUGCUUGUGAUGGUUUCAGUUCCAAGAACAAAGUUGGGGAGGGAGGAUGUGGUGCUGUUUACAAGGGUCGACUAACAGACGGGACAAUGGUGGCAAUAAAAGUGUUAUCAGUUGAACUCGAAUCAAUGAGAGGAGAACGUGAAUUCAUAUCCGAAAUUGCUGCAUUAUCCGAUGCGCAGCAUGAAAAUCUUGUAAACCUUCAUGGAUGUUGCGUUGAAGAAGCGACAAGAUGUUUGGUAUACGAUUAUAUGGAAAACAACAGCCUUGCAUAUCAAUUUCUAGGUCGGGAGCAAAAUAGGAAUAGCUUCGAUUGGACAAAGAGGAAGAAUGUUUUACUAGGAGUUGCUAAAGCAUUAGCAUAUCUUCAUGAAGAGAUAAACCCUCAUAUAGUUCAUAGAGAUAUCAAAGCAAGCAAUGUGCUUUUAGAUCACAAUUUUAAUCCAAAAGUUGCGGAUUUUGGUCUUGCAAGGUUAUUUCAAGAAGGCACGUCUCACAUUAGUACUCGUGUCGCUGGUACAUUAGGGUAUCUCUCUCCAGAAUAUGCUGUCAGCGGACGAUUGACUCGAAAAUCUGACGUGUAUAGCUUUGGCGUACUACUUCUUGAAAUAAUAAGUGGACAGUCAGUCGUAAAUUUCGAUAUGGAACAUGGAGAGCAAUUCUUGGUUGAUAAGGCAUGGGGUAUGCAUAACUGCGAGCGUCUAGUAGAGCUGGUGGACCCCAUGUUGUUGAAAGGGGGUGAUGAUGAUGAUGAUAGGUUAAGAGCCGAAGGUGUGCAGUUCAUGAAGGUCGGGUUAUUAUGUGUUCAAGAGGUCACAAAGCUUCGGCCCAAAAUGUCUACAGUCAUCAAGAUGUUGACUGGGGACACAAGUGUCGAGGGAGUGAAGAUUUCACAACCGGGGUUCGUCGCUGAUCUCAUGGAUGUCAAACUCAAUACAAAAAAGUCGACUUCUACUUUUUAAUAGUUAGCUGAUGUCUAGUUUUUUUUUUUUUUUUUUUUUUUUUUUUUUUUUUUUU